UGGCGCGCCGGCGGCUGAGUUGUUUCUCUUUCUCUCUCAUCAAAAUGAAUAGUAGCACCACCACAUUUUCCGACCCCGCCGACGACACCGAAUACAGCGAAGACGGCGAGAGACCAGGCGGCUAUGCCUACGGACUCGGUCUCUGCCUUUCCCUCCUCCUCGUCCUUGCCAUCAUCACAUAUAUUUCAUACAUUUGUUCCCGUAAACGGUCACUCGUCGGCGGCGUCAGAGAUCCUCUUUCCGAUCCGGAGAGCACCUCCGACGUUGACUUAUCCAACACCGAUGAUAAUCCACAUUCCGGCGGCCUCGAUGAAGCCACGCUGGGAAACUACCCGAAACUGCUAUAUUCUCAGGCGAAGCUCAACGCCGGCGGAUAUGGAGGCGGCGGGUGUUCCAUAUGCUUAACUGAUUAUAAAGACACUGAUAUAUUAAGGCAUCUUCCUCAAUGUGGGCAUCUCUUUCAUCUCAUGUGUGUUGAUCCAUGGCUAAAGCUCCGUUCUACCUGUCCCAUUUGCAGGAAUUAGGACCUGUUUGAUUCUCAUGUUAUUUCUAUUUAUUUUUUCCAAAUUUUUGGAUUGUGUUACUAAUUUUUCUUUUUGGGUUUUUGUUUUUAUUUGGCAAAGUGACAAAAUGAAGUAACAAAAAGA